AUGGCGCAGGCUACAGGCGGGAGGGAAUCUCCCAAGACCCGUCGCAUGGGGGAACACUGGAGCGGUGGGAAUCCUGUCCCGACCAUUAGCCACUUCAUGGACCGCUUGGAGCAUGACAAGCAGGAGCGUAAGGCCCAUGAAGAGGCACUGGCGGCCAAGAAGCGAGACAGCGCCGCUCAGAGCCAGGAGAUGCCGCAUAAGCCCCGGGAAACUACCGGCAAGACGCGCAUGGUCACUGACCCUACCACGGGCAAGGAUAUCGAGGUCGAGGACUUGGAUGAAGACUCAAUGGAUGCCGUGAAAGACCCUAGACUGGUGGUUCCCAAUGCCAACCUUGGAAAACCAACCGAGGUCAAAACAGCGCCAGAUCAAAGCCUUUCGCAGUAUAAAGAGAACCAGGAUAUUACCGCACCACCCGAUCCCAUCGCAGAGGGCACCACUUCCGAUGUCCCCAUUCACGGCGAGAAAACUAACGUCUUAUUCCAUCCCACCCCGACUGUCACUUACAAACCGAUGUUUGAUCAACUGGAGAGACGCGGGAUCGGGCUGUGUUUAGGUAUAGUCGCUGGGAUUGUCUUCCUCGGCCGGAUCUUCAACGGAUCGCUGUGGGGUCUACUCCCGCUCAGCUUUUGCGUUGCGAGUGGGGUGUGGCUGUGGGUGCAGGAGGUCAUCCGUAGUGGUCGGGAAAUGGAAUGGAGCAGUGAGCAGAUCCGGGGGCAAAUGGCUACCGCCAAUCUCCUUCCGGAGUCCGUCGAAUGGCUGAACUCGUUUCUCGGAGUCUUCUGGGGUCUCAUUAACCCCGAGAUGCUGUCCCCCAUCGCCGACACCAUUGAAGACAUCAUGCAGGCUUCGGCCCCCGGCGUGGUGGAGAACGUUCGCAUUGCAGAGAUCGAUCAGGGCAACAACCCACUCCGGAUUCUGAGUCUUCGCUCACUGCCCGAUGACCAUGUGAAGCAGCUCAAGGAGCAAGUCCACGAGGAGAACGUCAAGAACAAAGACCCUCAGGAGGCUGCUGCCGCCGAGGAAGGUGGCGAUUACUACAACAUCGAAGCCUCCUUCGCCUAUCAUGCAAAGCCAAGCGGACAGACCACUUCGUCCAAGGCGCGGAACAUGCACAUGCAGAUCGUGUUCUAUCUGGGAGUCAAAGGCCUCUUUGGAGUACCCUUUCCCGUGUUUGUCGAAUUGACUGAAUUGGUAGGCACCGUGCGCGCAAGAUUCCAGAUGAUGCCAGAGGCGCCGUUUGUGAAGGACGUGACCUUCAGCUUGGUGGGCCUCCCCCAUGUCAAGGCCGGAUGUAUGCCCAUGGUCAAAGGAGGGGUGAACAUCCUCAACCUGCCCCUGAUCUCCAACUUUGUCAACUAUGCCAUCGCCACCGCGGCCGGUCUGUUCGCUGCCCCCAAGUCGAUGACCAUGGACCUUAGCAUGCUGCUCAAGGGCGAUGAUAUUGCCAAGGAGACACAGGCGCUAGGUGUCAUGUGGGUGCGGAUUCACCGUGCGAUUGGUCUCAGCAAGCAGGAUCGGCGCGGCAGCUACGGUGGAGGCAGCGAUCCGUACAUCAACCUGUCUUUCUCCAAGUAUGGCAAGCCUAUGUACUGUACUCGGGUGAUUACCGACGACUUGAACCCGGUCUGGGAGGAAACGGCCGCCUUACUCGUGACGCCGGAGCUCAUCAAGGCGGAUGAGAGUCUGAGCGUUGAACUGUGGGACUCGGACCGCACGACUGCCGAUGACAUCGUAGGCAAGGUUGAAUUGCCGAUUCGGCAGAUGAUUCAGCAUCCGGGCAAGAUGUAUGCACAGGUAUCCAAGCUACAAGGCCUCAACGAAGGCAGCGAGAUGCCGGGAGAGCUGCACUGGGAAGUGGGCUUCUUCGGCAAACCCAAGCUUAGGGCGGAAUUGCGGACGGAUGGCAAGAAGAAGGAUCUCCCUGAGCAGUUUAGGGAUGUCCAGGAGUUCCAGGACGAGAAAGGCGUCAUCAGCAACGAGGAGGAGGACGCCAUCACACACACCCCGCCAGAUCCCCUGUGGCCCAGCGGCAUCCUCAGCAUCGUCGUGCACCAGAUGGUCAACCUAGAGGUCAACAACGUCAAAGGGAGCGAGGGUAACCGCAAGGGACGCGAAUAUGAGCCCGCCAAGCCGUAUGGCGACAACACUGAAGAAGAAGGCAGUCACCUGCCAACAAGUUACUGCAAGAUUAUUCUGAACGAUGAGCUGAUCUACCGCACGCGCGCGAAAGCCCUGAGCUCCAAGCCCAUUUUCAACGCCGGCACUGAGCGGUUCAUUCGCGACUGGCGGUCCGCAUUUGUCACCGUGAGCGUACGCGACCAGCGGUACCGCCAGCACGAUCCCAUCCUGGGGGUCGUGCCUCUCAAGAUCUCGGAUCUGCUGCAGACCAGCUCGCAAGUCACCCGAUGGUAUCCCCUCGACGGGGGCGUCGGCUUCGGCCGCAUCCGCAUCUCUGUCUUAUUCCGCUCCGUCGAGACUCGCCUUCCACCGCACAUGCUCGGCUGGGACGUGGGCACCUUCGAGUUUGUCUCGGAGAAGCUCACGACGGUGAACUUCAACCAGCGCUGCAAGAUCAAGCUCCGCACCGGGGGGAGCAGUGGCAAGAUCAGCAAGCACGUUUGCUCGGUCGACGCGAACAACAACGCCACCUUCGACCUGUCCAACGCGGACUACCGUCGCAGCCUGCGCCUCCCCGUCAAGCAUCGCUAUCGCUCUCCGGUGGUCUUCGAAUUCCACACCCAGAAGAAGCACCACCCGACCGCCUACGCCGUCUACUGGCUCCAGCACCUGGUGGAUAACGAAGCCACGGAGAUCGACAUCCCGAUCUGGUCGACCAAGAACGGCAAGCGGCUCACGCAGAACUACAUCACGGAGCAGAACUGGGAGGCCAAGAAGUCCCCCGGGCUGGAAGACCUGAAGGAGGUGGGCCGGCUUCGGUUCACCGGCCGCUUCACGCCGGGCAUCGACGAUUCGCACGAGCGGUUCGUGGUCGACAGCAACUCGCGCGAGACCUUCGAGACCUGGGAGGCGUGCAUCGCCGAGGGCGUGCGCUCCCCGCACAUCACCGCCUCCGUCCCGGAGGAGGUCGAGCAGUUGCACGAGCAGUCCCUCCUGGACGGCCGGGACAUCCUCAAGCACGCCGACCCCCGCGAGCGCAAGCGCUGGCUCGACAAACAAGGCUACGACUGGAGCGGCGCCUUCGGCCACGACCCCAGCGCCUACCUCAACCAGCACGGCCACCAGGUCGCCGAGCCCGGCCGAGACGAUCCUCCGCACAACCCCUACAACCCGCCGCGCACCGAGGCCCGUUCCUAUGGCACCAUGCACCCCGAGGAGAAGAACCGUCCCCACCCAGACAGCUCCUCCUCCUCCUCCUCGUCCAGCGAGUCCGACGAUGAUCACGAUGCGUAUGAUGGCCCCCUCAACAACCACGACCAGGAGGUCAACAGCUCAUUGCAACCACCACAGCAGCAGCCACCCCCCGCCGCCGAUACCUUCGACGUCAACAGCAACCUCCGCCGUCCCUCCGACACCGCCACCAACCGGACCACGGCCACCGCCAGCGCCAGCAGCGGACCCAGUCGCUCCAGCACCAACGAAGUCCUGCGAAAGGCAGAGCAGCGCAGCGAACAGCGCCAGCAACGCGGCAUGAUGCAGUGGCGGCCGGUCCGCAACGCGGUGUUUGCGCGCGACGAGACCAAGUACGCGCUCCGCAAGAUGAAGAUGAAGUUCACGGGGGAUCUGUCGGGUCGGGAGCCGGACAUUGAGACGGAGACGGGCAAUUAA